CGUAUCCCAAGUUUCUCUCAGCACUCCCGUGAUUUUCUCUCUCGAUCAAAAUUUUUGGUGAUGGGGUCGAUAGAGCAGACGAUUCUGGUGACCGGCGGCGCCGGGUUCAUCGGGAGCCACACGGCGGUGCAGCUGCUCAACGAGGGCUUCAGAGUCGUCGUAUUUGAUAAUCUUGAUAAUUCUUGUAUUGAAGCUGUUCAUCGGGUUCGCGACUUGGUCGGCCCCAAGCUCUCUCAGAAGCUUCAGUUUCAUCUGGGUGAUCUCAGAAAUAAGGAGGAGUUGGACAAGCUGUUUUCUCAGACCAAGUUCGAUGCUGUGAUCCAUUUUGCUGGCUUGAAAGCUGUAGGGGAGAGUGUGGCACACCCCCGCCGCUAUUUCGACAACAAUUUGAUUGGCACUCUUAAUCUUUAUGAUAUCAUGGCAAAAUACAAUUGCAAGAAGAUGGUUUUCUCUUCAUCUGCAACUGUUUAUGGCCAACCUGAAAAGAUUCCUUGUGUUGAAGAUUUUGACCUUGUAGCUCUGAAUCCAUAUGGCCGUACCAAGCUUUUUCUGGAGGAAAUUGCUCGAGAUAUUCACAGGGCAGAGCCGGAUUGGGGAAUUAUUCUUCUGAGAUAUUUCAACCCUGUGGGGGCUCAUGAGAGUGGUAAAAUUGGUGAAGAUCCUAAAGGCAUACCAAACAAUCUCAUGCCUUACAUACAGCAAGUAGCUGUUGGAAGAUUGCCUGAGCUUAAUGUUUAUGGUCAUGACUAUCCCACCAGGGAUGGUACUGCGAUCCGAGACUACAUUCAUGUGAUGGACUUAGCAGAUGGUCAUAUUGCUGCCCUUCAGAAGCUUUUUACUACAGAGAAUACAGGUUGUAUCGCCUACAACCUUGGAACUGGACAAGGUACAUCAGUGCUUGAGAUGGUCGCUGCCUUUGAAAAGGCUUCUGGCAAGAAAAUCCCUAUCAAACUAUGUCCAAGAAGGCCAGGAGAUGCUACUGCCGUUUAUGCGUCAACUGAGAAAGCUAGAAGGGAACUUGGGUGGAAGGAAAAAUAUGGAGUGGAGGAGAUGUGCAGAGACCAAUGGAACUGGGUGGUAAACAAUCCAUGGGGUUAUGCUGGCCAGUCCAAACCGUGAGUAAUUGCAUGUGUAUAUAUGCGCAGCACAUAGAAGUAGGACAAACCUGCUUCACUGCCUGAAUGAAUAAAGCAUACUAGGUUUCCUGCUCCAUAUGUUGAAAAACAUAAAUUUUUUCAUUUUCCUUAAUUUAGGAAUUGUCACUAUGAGAAUAAAAGUCCUCUACAAAUAUAGAAAAGAAAAUCAAGUCGUUUUUCGUUUAAUGGUUCCA